AUGAAUAAAUUCAAAGAGGCUAUACGAUUGAUGAAAAGUUAUGGGAUCCGUGUAACGAGGCACAGUUGUUUGUACGAGACAGAGCCUGUUCAUGUGACUGAUCAGCCCAAGUUUCUCAAAGCUGCUGUAAGAGGCGUAACAAAGCACGGCCCUCGUGAGCUCUUGGCCGUUCUCAAGAAAAUCGAGAAAGAGAUGGGUCGUCAAGAAAAUGCACCUUUGGUAGAUUUGCUUGGAUCAGAUGUUCUUGAUGUUCAUAUAGUUUCAUAUUGGCAUUCACUAGCAAUGCAUCAAGGUGGAAUUUUCCAAGCGUGGGAGAAACUUGGUGGAGAAUCGUUGCUUGGGAGACACGGUAUCCAAAGGGUUUUACCAAUAGGAGAUCAAUUAUGGGAUUUUUCUAAGAAAACUUAUGUGAUGGGUAUACUUAAUCUUACCCCUGAUAGCUUUAGUGAUGGAGGUAAGUUUCAGUCCAUAGAUUCCGCGGUUUCUCGAGUCCGUUCUAUGAUCUCUGAAGGUGUAGAUAUAAUCGAUAUCGGCGCACAAUCCACAAGACCAAUGGCGUCAAGGAUUUCUUGUCAAGAAGAGAUAGACUAA